AUGUCUUCUCCAGCGAGUUCGAAAAACAGCUACUCCUCUGAUGAGGACAUUCGACCAGAGCCGACGCAAAAGGACAAAGUGUCAAGAUUACCUUUCAGCGUGGAAGCUUUGAUCUCGGACAGAAAGCCUGACAGAGAGUUUACUGGGAAAGCCGAAGGGACUUUACUGGGUACGUCCAGGAUGCACAAUUACUUAUAUUUUUCCAGAGAUUCUCACAGUCCAGAGGGAUUUUCAAAGCAGUUCAUUCCGACAUCACCCGUUAAAUCGGAGGCAUCAGAGCCGGAGGAUAGCGCACCUUGGGUCACUAGCGCAAGGUUCUCACCACAACCCCGGCAGCUGAGUCCUAGCUGUCCACUGCGGAAGCACAAGACGAACCGCAAGCCCCGAACCCCCUUCAGCACCUCCCAGCUCCUGGCCCUGGAGCGCAAGUUCCGGCAGAAACAGUACCUCUCCAUCGCCGAGCGGGCCGAAUUCUCCAGCUCCCUCAGCCUGACCGAGACCCAGGUCAAGAUCUGGUUCCAGAACCGGCGGGCCAAGGCAAAGAGGCUCCAGGAGGCUGAGCUGGAGAAGCUCAAGAUGGCUGCCAAGCCUGUGCUGCACCCAGGGAUGCCGUUCCCUUUCUCCCUGAGCGCCCCGCUCGGAGCCGCCGCCUCGCUCUACGGACAUUCCUACCCCUUCCACCGGCCCAUGCUACCCGUCCCGCCCAUCGGACUCUACGCCACGCCUGCAGGGUACAGCAUGUACCACCUGACCUGA